GUGAGAUUGCAAAUACAAAGUGCGUGUGGGAGUGAGACACAGGGGGAGUGCGAAAUGUCUGGCCUCAGAAACAACAAAAGCCAGCAGAGCUCAGCCAUGGAGGAGGACUGACCCGGCACAGGCUGCUCUGAGAUCCACUGGGUCCCUGGCUCUGCCUUCCCUGAGAUUAAAUCCCUGGUUAAAUCCCCUCUCUGCACACAGGCACUGUUGCUUGUGGAGACAAUGUUUUCUCUAAAACAUUCCACCAAGCCUUCAUUCAGAUCCUACCUCCUCCCACCCCAGCAUGAAGACAAAUUGAGCCCAGAAACCAAGAUUAAAACCUUGAAACCUGUGCUGUUGCCAGGUGAGAUCAUUGUGAAUGAAGUAAAUUUUGUCAGGAAAUGUAUCGCUUCGGACACUAGCCUGUACGACCUGUGGGGGAAAUUAAUUUGCACCAACUUCAAGAUUUCCUUCAUCACAGAUAGCCCAUUGCCAUUUCAGAAAUUCAACUAUAAAAAUUUCCUGCUUGGGGAGCAUGAUGUUCCACUGACGUGCAUAGAGCAGAUUGUUGUAGUAAAUGAAACGAAGAGAAAGCAGAAAAUACUCUCAUCUAACCAGAAACUCAAAUUUAAUCCAACUGAGUUAAUCAUUUAUUGCAAGGACUUCCGAAUAUUGCGCUUUCGUUUUGAUGAAGCGGGACCAGAGAGUGCAAAAAAGGUUUGCCUCGCACUUGCACAUUACUCUCAGCCAACAGAUCUUCAGCUGCUGUUUGCAUUUGAAUAUGUGGCAAAAUCCUAUCACAAUCCAGACGGAACAAUAAAUGGUAUAGAUCCUGGAGGAGGUGGAGGAGACGUUGGCCCAAAAACUCCUUUAUUUGAAACGUAUUCUGAUUGGGAUCGUGAGAUCAAACGAACAGGAGCCUCUGACUGGAGAGUCUGCUCCGUAAAUGAAGGAUACAUGAUCUCCACAUGCCUUCCUGAAUAUUUUGUUGUCCCAUCAUCUCUGGCAGAUCUGGACUUAAAGCAGUAUUCACAUCAUUUUUUUGGAAGACGCAUGCCAUUGUGGUGCUGGAACCAUUCCAAUGGCAGUGCCUUGGUUAGAAUGGCAAGCAUCAAAGAUCUUUUACAGCAACGGAGAAUAGACCAAAGGGUUUGCAGUGGAAUUACCCGGAGUCACCCUUCAAGGAGCGAUGUUUACAAAUGUGACCUAGAUCAUUGUCUGCCAGGGAUCCAGGAUAUUCAGACUGGAUUCAGCAAACUCAAGCAGCUCUGUGUAAAUGAAUCAUUUGAUGACACAGAGGAAAAGUGGCAUUCGUCUCUUGAAAACACGCGAUGGCUGGAGUUUGUCAGAAAAUGUCUGAGGCAAGCUGCUGAACUCGUGUAUGUUCUUGAUUCCAAACGACGAUCUGUGGUCCUACAAGAAGAAGAAGGUCGUGAUCUCAGUUGCUUGGUGGCCUCUCUCAUUCAGCUGAUGCUGGACCCUUACUUCCGGACUAUUGUUGGAUUUCAGAGUCUGAUUCAGAAGGAGUGGGUCAUGUCUGGGUAUCCUUUCCUGGAUAGGUGCAACCACUUGAAGAAAUCCGAUAAAGAGUGUCCCUUGUUUGUGCUAUUCCUGGACUGUGUUUGGCAGCUGCUUCAGCAAUACCCAGCGGCUUUCCAGUUCACUGAAACCUACUUAACUGUGUUACAUGACAGCACCCGCAUCUCCUUGUUUGGAACAUUCCUGUUUAACUCUCCGCACCAGCGUGUUCAGCAAAGCACUGAGUUUGCGAUUGCUAAGAAUAUCCAACUGGGAGAUGAGAAAGGCCUGAGAUUUCCUGCCGUUUGGGACUGGUCAUUACAGUUUUCAGCAAAAGACAGAGCUCUGUUUAACAAUCCUUUGUACAUUGGAAAGAGUGUACCCAAUGUUCAGAAUGGAGCUUUGAAGUCUUUUAAAAGGUCAAAGAAAAACUACAGUUCUACGUUACGUGGCAUGCCACAGCCUUUGAAAAAUGGGAUUGUUCUACAACAAGAGCUGAUUCCACGCAGGAAUUCCCUAAUACUCAAGCUGAGGCCUGAAUCUGUGCAGCAGAUUUCAGGGAGCCAGAUCAGUGGAUUAGAACAGUAUUUUAAAGAUUGGUUUUCUAAGCCAACAGACCUGCACGGGGUGAUUCUUCCCCACCUGCUUGGGCCAACCAUAAAGCUAUGGAAACUCUGUUACUUGCGUUGGAUUCCAGAAGCGCAAAUUAACCAUGGAGGAUUUAUUACGGCUUUUCAAAAAAUAUCCAUACUUGCAGAUGAGAUUGAAACGCUGCAAACUAGACUGCGCCAGUAUAGAAGUUACCCUCUUUCCAAAGCCACUUCCCCUGAGCAAGAACAAAGCCGAAUGUUUUUCAAAGCCGACGGGUUACAAAGUAAUUUUGGAAGCAUGGACUUUCUCUCCUCAUCGUUCCCUUUUACUCCUGUUGGGAAUUUAUGCCGCCGAAGUAUAAUGGGAACACCCUUAAGCAAGUUUUUAAAUGGAGCCAAAAUAUGGCUGUCCACUGAAACGCUUGCAACGGAGGACUGAAACGUGGACAUGGGUAUUCUUGCCUUAUCCACGAGUGUAAUUUUAAAUAGUAAAGGCCAAGUGCUGCAAAUAUUUUUUUUUCUCCUAGCCGUACACUGAUGUCCCCACCUCUUUUUGCAUACAAACUAAAAUGUAAUUGAUUCUGCUGCAUACACAACAUAUCAUGUUGUGUUAGUUGGAAAAAAAUAACAUUUUUGUUGGUAUGUGGGUGUGUUACCUGUGCAGUUCCACAUAGCAUUCUUUUUUUCUUUUCUUUUUUGUACUAUGAAGCCACUCUUUAAUUCUUAAAGUACAAAUGGGGUGUGCUGCCUGGAGCUUGGCAAGCCCAAGUUUUCCUGUCCUAGAAAAAGCUGCUCCUAUAAAGUAUCCACAGAUAUUUUUGGUACAAAGACAAUAGAACUCCCUGGAAAGUUGUAGUUUAUUCCUGUGAUGUAGGGUCAAUACAGAAAAUGGUACUUUAAUCUGGCCACUAAUAAUCGGGUAAACCCCCUUCUUUUUUUUUUUUUUUUUGUGGACAGACCUCUUCCUGCUAUAGGAAUAGGAAAGGAACAAGCCGUACUCCAAAGUAGUCUAGUGCAAAUCAUGUAAAAUGUGUGAAUUGAUAUCACCUUUUGAGUUAACAGAUAUGAGAUAAUAUUGUUUUGUUGGUCUAUGUGGAGGUGCUCCUUCACUCCCGAAAUACUUUGAUAAACCGUUACAUUUGCAUUCCCUGGGUCAAGCAAUGCAUGUUCCACCUCUAACUGGGAUGUACAGUAGUUUGUUUAUAGGUCCAAGCAAGUGUUUUGUAGAAUCUUUUGUUUGUUUUCUAGAGUUCAAACUGCAGCAUGUUACAUGUAUGGAUGUAUUUUUUUUUUUUUUUUUUUACUAAUGAGUAGGAGUCAAUUAUCCAAUCAAGUUACUAAUUAAGUUAUUAGUUUUUGAGAUGUUAGAAGUGAAUGAUGUACAGUAAAAUCAUGCAAGGUUAUAGUGUGAGUUGUAAGGUGUUCAAAGUGAAUUUCAUUUUUUCCAAACUGCUAAAUUUGUCUAAGUAAAUGUUUUCAAACUGGCUUUUAUUUAUUUUUUUUAAACCUAAAAUUUGAAAGUCCCUUUGAAUGCCUGACAAUUAACA